AUGGGUACGCCACGGUCAAGCACGUCGAGCAACUUUACAGUAAUCAAGUCUCCCAAUGAAAACGUCUGGGGAGGCCUGACAGAUGUUGAGACAGCAUCUGUUGUGCACUGGCUGCUCCAACAACCCGAGCUUAACCUAACCGCUACCGAUGACGCCGGAGAGUGGGAUAAUACAAUUUCCCUUGUCGAACUGAUGCGUCCGAACAAGUCCGAUGUGCUGCAGUAUCUGGACCACGAUCAACCCCCUCCCACGCGUUAUGCACAUGUUGUGCUUGACGUACGUGCUACUCUCGACCCAUACUACGCCGAAAUACUGGUUGGACCUCUGCCAGUUACCAAUCAAUCUGCCACCACUUGGGUGCCACUUGAAUAUCCUUACACGCGCAAGACACAAGGCCGCAUACGCAAUCUUGACGCUGACCACGACACCAUUCACUCUGAAUGGCUAUACAAGAUCAGCGCUUCGAUAGUCGACAUCACUCUGGAACUCUUCAACGGCACAGCCUUAGGCCUAGACAAUGAUACCAUAAGAAACUCAGGGAUUAACCCCCUGUGGCAGGGUGAUGGUCGGACCAUCCGUUGGAAUACAUUUUGGAACCUCCCUGUUGACGACUUCGACGCCAGCAGCAUUCUUCCCCUGGGAUUAUUCUUCAAGUCCGACAUCACAGGCCGUGAUCCAUCCAAGUGGAAGCUCGAGGGCUGGCUCUACAAUAACAUAUUCUACGAAACCACCAACGCUUUUCGCAAGGCAUACUACUCCCCAGGCUUCGUCAAGCUCCUCUCCAAUGUCGAAGGCGACUGGGCACGAACAGACCAACAGGGGCCGAUCCUUCCAGAAGACCAAAAGCAGCCUUCAGUCAUGCUUGCCCCAUCAGGAGCACGGUACGCUCUCGACACCAACCAAAAAUACGUAACCUGGAUGGGCUUUUCCUUCUAUAUCGGCUUCUCCCGCGACACCGGUGUUUCCAUCUUCGACGUCCGCUACAAGGGACAGCGCAUUCUAUACGAGCUAGGUCUACAAGAAGCUCUGUCACACUAUGCAGGAAACGACCCCGUUCAAUCCAGUACCGCAUACCUAGACUCCUUCUACGGAUUCGGCCCAUACACAUUCGAGCUCGUCAAAGGCUACGACUGUCCAAUUUAUGCCACAUAUCUCAACACCUCCUUUUACAAGUCCGAAUCAACACACACCCACGUCGACAGUCUCUGUCUCUUCGAAUACGACACUGACUACCCCAUCCAGCGCCACACCACCCAAAGCUACGUGUCCAGCACCAAGAACAUCUACCUCACUCUCCGAUCCGUCUCCACCAUCGGCAACUAUGACUACACCAUCAGCUACACCUUCCACCUCGACGGCACCAUCGGCAUCGAAAUCCGCGCCUCAGGCUACAUCCAAGCCGCCCACUCCACCCACAACACCAACUACGGAUACCAAAUCCACUCUGCCCUCUCCGGCUCCAUGCACGACCACAUCCUCAACUUCAAAGCCGACUUCGACAUCCUCGGCACCGCUAACUCCAUCGAACUCACCUCGCUCGUUCCCAUCACCACCACCUACCCAUGGUCCAAUCCCAACAGACCCCGAAACACAAUGCACCUCUCCCGCCGCAUCCUCUCCUCUGAAACAGAAAGCCGUCUCAACUUUCCCCAAUCAGCAACAACAACAAUGCUCAGCAUCAUAAACCAAGACGCCCGCAACUCUUACAACGAAUACCGCGGCUACCGCGUCCUCCCAUCCUCACCCCUCUCCUCCGGACACUUAACAAUCAUAAACUCAAGCACCCUAAUCCACGCAGCCCACUGGUCCGAACACGACAUCCAAAUCACCCAACACCACGAUCACGAACCGCGGUCCGCGCACCCAUACAAUAACCAAGACGUAUAUAACCCCGUGAUCAACUUUAACGAGUUCUUCGAUGGCGAGGACCUCAAUCAGACGGAUCUGGUGGUCUGGGUUAAUUUGGCGAUGCAUCAUGUUCCUACUACCGGGGAUUUACCGAAUACGGUGAUGACCACUGCGGUGGCGGGGGUGAGGUUUGUGUCGGGUAAUUAUUUUAUGGGGGGUCAGAGUCGCGGGACGGUGAAUAUGGUUAGGGUUGGUUUUGGAGAUGAGGAUGUGGUGGAGGAGGUGGAGACGUUUGGGCAGGCCAGGGAGAUGGUGGAGGUUGUGGUGAGGCCGGUGGAGGAGGUGCUUUGGGGGUGA